GAAACCAAGCACCGCGCUUGGGUGACCUUUGAGCGAGCGCGCACGGCGUAUAUAGCAAUGGCUGCAAGGGAAGAGAAUAAAGAGAAUUUGUUUACCAACAAACAAGCAUCUGAUGAGAAUAAAGCGGCGGACAGCGAGCGGAAGGUUGAGGAUUACGGGUACGGUUUAUAUCCGGGCAGAGCGCGCAGCAAAUACAAGGAGGGCUCGAUCGGAGAGAGUCUGUUCACCUUUAAACACAAGUGUCACAUCAUGCUGCAGUUCACCCUGGACACUAGUCCAUACGCUAAACUUCUGCUGGGGGCCAUGAGAAACUCCGGCUGUACAGUUUAUAAAGACAGACAUUUCUCCUGUGAGGAUUGUGAUGGGACCGUCAGUGGAGGAUUUGAUGCAGCCACGUCUCAGAUUGUUUUGUGUCAGAAUAACAUUCAUCAGCAGGCUCAUAUGAAUCGAGUGGUCACACAUGAACUCAUUCAUGCUUUCGAUCACUGCAGAGCUCGAGUGGACUGGUUCAGUAACUUCAGACAUUUGGCUUGUUCAGAGAUUCGAGCGGCCAAUCUGAGCGGCGACUGUUCCUUCAUCAAUGAGAUCUCCAGAUUUAACUUUGGCCUCAAGGAACAUCAUCAAGAAUGCGUCCGCAGUCGCGCGCUGCGUUCCAUCCUCGCCGUGAGGAAGGUGAGCAGGGAGGAGGCGGAGCGAGUGGUGGAUGAGGUGUUUGACAGCUGUUUCAAUGACCACGCCCCCUUUGGUCGCAUCCCACACAGCAAGAAGGACGCGAAGUUUGCCCACAGGGAUUUUGAGAACAGAGAUCGAUACCAUGCAAACUUGUAAAUCACACAAAGUGCAGUGUCGCUUUGUGUUUUUAUUCUCACAACGGUGCUUUAAUAUGACCUGAAUUACAAAUAAUCUGCAUUUAUCACAGAUGACCAGAAGAACAUUCACUGUUCAUUCCUCUCUGUGUGUUUUCUGUGUGUCGUUGUCAAGAACACACACUUGCCUUUUUCAUAAUUUGAUUGGCACUAAAGUCUUUUUAAUUGACCACAAAUGAGGAAAAACACACUCGUUAUAGUUUGGAAGGAAUGAAAUAAACCUGUAAUUUAUUAAAGAAUUUGUGUUUGAUGUUAAAUCAAGUCAAGUAUUCAUGUUGGGAUCAGAUGUUUGGACAGAUAAAUGUGGAGUCACUGCUGGAAGUCAUCUGUGAAACAAGUAUAUGAAUUUGAAUGAUUUUGAUAGGGUAGGCUACAACGGGGUAUAAGGCACCUUUUGAUUUUAUUUUCUUGUAAACCACUACAUGGCACAAAAAUUGCUGUAGCACCUUCCAAAACAUGCACUUUUCCCUCUGCAUGUGGAUAUUCAGCUGAUCUUUGACACGAUCACGGGCAACAGUGCAAAAUUGAUUUGGUGCUAAUUUGAUCUAAUAUUUGAUUAUGUUUUUCAAAAUGUUGAAGAUUUAAGCAGAGCAUGAUAAUUGCUAAAAUUAGGGUCUUGUGCAACAAUUUUUCAAUAACAGAAGAAUAUGUAAAAGUAUGAUAUUUGGGGUAAAAAAGCACCCUAAAUUAACAUGAUAACAGCUGGCUGACGUUAUCAUUUGUUGACAUGGUUAGAUUCAGAUGGUAAAUAUCAUACAUUAAAUUGGGUGUCCACCGAAGAGAUAAUCACCAUAUUUAUAAUGAAACCAUUAGGCCUAAACAUUAUAUUAAUCAUAUGAUAUAAAAUAUCAGUUUUGUUACUGCUGUAAAUCUAUAUUAAGUUAUGAGAUGUCCAAUGCUUUCAAAAUCUUUACUAUUUUUAAAUCAUUUUGUUUUUAUAUAUUGUGAUAUUAACAUAUUUUAAUGACAGUAUAUUUAUUGAACAAAAUGAAUUAUGUUAUUUAUAGAAAUAA